UUUGGUUCUCUCUCCUCCUCCUCCUCCACCUCCUCCUCCUCCUGCUCCUCAUCCAGUCUCAGUAGGGCGACCGAACCGGCAGUGAUUAUGCUCCACCAGAAUCCGGUCGUGUCCGAUGUACUCGCUACAGCCGUGUCCGGCGGCACCGCUCUCACGGUUCUCCGGUUGUUUGAAGAAACAGCUAAGCGAGGCGUCUUUGACCAGAAACUUAACAGGAAGCUUGUUCAUGUAAGCUUUGGAUUAGUUUUCAUGCUUUGCUGGCCACUGUUCAGUUCUGGGCAUCGAGGUGCGCUUUUAGCUGCUUUGAUUCCAGGGGUUAAUAUCAUCCGCAUGCUUCUUCUGGGAUCUGGCAUUUGGAAAGAUGAGGCGACGGUGAAGUCCAUGACCAGAUUUGGGGACCGCAGGGAACUUCUUGAAGGGCCGCUAUUCUAUGUUCUCACAAUCACAUUUGCUUGCGCGUAUUAUUGGAGGACUUCGCCAAUCGCAAUUGCAGCAAUAUGCAACCUCUGCGCCGGAGAUGGUUUUGCGGACAUCAUCGGAAGGCGGCUUGGCCAACAUAAAAUUCCCUACAACCGUAACAAAUCCUUAGCUGGUAGCAUUGCAAUGGGCUGUGCCGGGUUUUUAGCAUCUCUCGGGUUUAUGUCCUAUUUUUCUUCAUUUGGUUAUAUCCGAGGAAGUUGGGAGAUGGCUUCGGGUUUCUUGGUGGUCUCUCUUGCUUCUGCUCUGGUGGAAUCACAUCCUCUGAGCUCUCGGCUCGACGACAAUCUCACAGUUCCCUUAACUUGUGCAUUGGUGGGGAGCCUUGUUUUCUAGGUGCUUAACAUUCAUUAUGACCGUUUCUCUCCAAGGGAAAGGAAAGCACAAUCGUCGGUGUAGAGAUAUUAUAAUUUUAUGUUAGUAUUUGGUGUGGAUUUUGAUAUGAAUGCAAGUGGAUGUGUGUUUGUGGGACAACACAGCAAAGGGUGGAAGAAAACAAUAGUUAUUUUAAUGAAAAAAAAAGGAUUACAAGGCUGAUA